CUGUGAUUGUCAGUUUUCACGUGAAUCGAGGUUUUUAACAGACACGCACUGACAUAUAGUUGCGCACAGUUGCGCAGUGAUAGCUCUACAUGUUACAAGAUGUCCACGAAACAAUGAUUUGAUUGUUAAUACCAAAGAUAAAAGUGAAAUUAUCAUACAUCACGAACGUUGUAUGUGAUCGAUUACAUUGUUUUAUCUGUGAAGCAGACUUUUGUAUCAAUUGCAACGAAAUGUCCGAUUAUUUCUCGGAGAUGGGCUGGACGCCUCUGAGUGAUGGAGAAGCGCCGAAUCAUUUAAUUCAAAUGGCACGGUUCCUACGGGAUUUUGGCAUGUGGGACUUGGUUGGGCAAGAUACAGAACUUCCACCGCCAGCGUCGAAGGACGCUGUGACUAAUUUGCCUGAAAUUAAAAUUGAAUCCAGUGAAAACAAACAGUGCCCUGUUUGCUUAAAAGAAUUCGAGACAGGCAGUAAAGCAAAAUUGAUGCCCUGUCAGCACGUGUUUCACCAAGAAUGUAUAAUACCAUGGUUGGAAAAGACUAACUCGUGUCCACUUUGUCGAUACGAAUUGCCAACAGACGAUGAAGACUAUGAAAUGUACAGGAAAGAAAAGAAACGAGCGGUAGAAAGAGAGAAGGAUUUGGAAUCAUUGCAUAAUUCUAUGUUUACGUAGUAAAUGUGAUAUUUAAUUAAAAAAUUGUCUUU